AUGCGCUAUUCUGUACAGAGAAAGAAGGAGACAUCAAAACUCGUCUCGCUUGCUUUAAGCGCUUACGUGAAAGAUUUUACGCUGCUGCGAACGUCGCGUGGAGCAAGCUGUACUUCAACGUGCAAGAACGGAGGCACAUGUUCGAGUCCUGGAGUGUGUACGUGUGUUUCCGGGUGGACUGGUUCCGAGUGUACCAUUCCUGAAUGUGAUCCUGAUUGUCAAAGUAAUGGCGGCCAAUGUGUGGCACCUUUCAAUUGUCUGUGUCCGGCAGGAUUAACGGGACCAGCCUGUCUAACAAAGUGUAGCAACUCAUUUGGACAAAACUGUGCAAACAUUUGCACAUGUCACAAUGGAGCAUCGUGUGACUCUAAAGAUGGUACAUGCACUUGUACGGCUGGGUGGAAAGGAACCAAUUGUGAUGUGCCAUGCCCAAGUGGAACGUACGGUAUUGGAUGCAUUCCAUGCAGUUGUAAAAAUGGAGGUUCAUGUGAUCGAGUGUCUGGUACAUGUCAGUGUUCGCCUGGAUAUUUUGGGACGUCAUGCGAACAUCAGUGUUUAUCAUGGAAGUAUGGACACGACUGCAGUUACUCGUGUUUCUGCGAUCGAAGCAACUCUUACAACUGCAGCCACAUUACAGGGCAAUGCAACUGCAAGAGUGGGUGGAAGGGUGCAAUAUGCACCAAGCCAUGUCCACCUGAUUCUCACGGCCCUGGCUGUUUGUCUACUUGUAACUGCAAAAAUGGAGGCAUCUGCAAUAGAUUUACAGGCACCUGCAGUUGUCCUCCAGGAUUCAUUGGUGACAACUGCCAGAACAAAUGUCCUUCAGGGAAGUAUGGUCUAGGAUGCAAUCAGACUUGUUUGUGUACAAAUGGGGGAUUGUGCGAUCCUUCAGAUGGUUCGUGUACUUGCUCUAAUCACUGGGUGGGACAGUAUUGUGAAAGACAUUGUUUGGACAAUUGGCAAUAUUGGAAUGGAAUUGAUUGUAUUGAUUGUCCUUGUGUGAAGAAGAACACAUUGUGGUGUAAUCAAUCCAAUGGAGAAUGCAGUUGUGCUUCUGGCUGGACAAACUCGGUUUGCUCGGUAAACUGUCCAGCAGGAUCGUAUGGAGCUGGCUGUCAGAGUGCAUGUCAAUGCAAGAAUAGUGCACACUGUGAUCCUGUAGAUGGAUCGUGUAUUUGUGCCAAUGGCUACCAUGGAACAGCAUGUGAGAACAAGUGUCCAUAUGGUACAUAUGGUUUCUACUGUAGUCGCACAUGUCAAUGUCAAAAUAGUGCAAUCUGCUCACACAUUGAUGGCUCGUGUGCUUGUGCAGCUGGCUGGCAGGGAAGACAGUGUGAGUUACCUUGCAGCAGUGGUUUCUACGGUAAUUGUCGCCAGCAAUGUGUUUGUCUAAACGGAGCUUCGUGUAAUCGUAUGAAUGGAGUGUGUACUUGUACUGAUGGCUGGCUAGGAGAGAACUGUUCUCAACCUUGCUCGGGUUUUAAUUAUGGCUUAAAUUGCCAGUUGAAUUGUGAUUGUGUGCAAUCGAACGCUGACGGCUGUGGCAACGUGCUUGGAGAUUGUUACUGCAAGGCUGGCUGGAACGGUAGUAAGUGUUCUGACGAAUGUCCAAGUGGUACUUGGGGAUAUGGCUGUAAGGAGCAAUGUUUAUGCCACAACGGUGCUGUGUGCAAUCGUGUAACUGGAGACUGUCAAUGUACUGAAGGUUGGACUGGUAGCACGUGCUCACAAUCUUGCCAAAGAGGUUUUUAUGGCAUUGACUGUAAGGACAAGUGUGACUGUCAGUUUGAUUUCUGCAAUCCAUUCAAUGGAAGUUGUAUGUGUCCAAGUGGAUGGACUGGACCUCGUUGUUAUAAGAAAUGUGAUUCUGGAUUUUAUGGGCAUAACUGUGUGGAGCAAUGUGACUGCAAACGAGGCACUUGUGAUCGCUUUAAUGGAACUUGUGACUGUCCUGCUGGAUGGACAGGAGACGACUGCAGUCAAAGUUGUCUUGAUGGCACGUUUGGUAAAAACUGCUCCAAUCGGUGCAAUUGUCAGUUCAAAUGUGAUCCGGUAACUGGGAUCUGCAUCUGUCCAGCUGGAUGGACAGGUGUGACAUGUCGUUGGAAGUGUCCAGCUGGCACGUGGGGCAUUCACUGCAAGGAGCUAUGUACAUGUCUUAAUGGUGCAACUUGUGAUCCUGUGAAUGGAAACUGCAGUUGUACUUCAGGCUGGAUGGGCGUCACAUGCUCACAAUCUUGCAGUGCAGGAUUUUAUGGCAGUAAUUGUGAACAGAAGUGCAACUGUCAAUUUGUUGAUUGCGAUCGUUACACUGGGAGUUGUGUGUGCCCAAAUGGAUGGACUGGAACUCGAUGUUAUAAAAAGUGUGAUGCUGGAUAUUAUGGGCGUAACUGUGAGGAGAAAUGUAACUGCAAACGAGGCAGUUGUGAUCGCUUUAAUGGAACAUGUUACUGUCCUGCUGGAUGGACCGGCGAUGACUGCAGUCAGGGUUGUCCUGAUCAUACUUUUGGUAAGAACUGUGCCAACGUAUGUAGCUGCCAGUUUACAUGUGAUCCAGUAACUGGUAGCUGCAGCUGUUUAGCAGGAUGGACAGGUGUGACAUGUCAUGACAAGUGUCCGUCUGGUACAUGGGGAGUACACUGUAAUCAGUCCUGUACAUGUCUUCAUGGUGCAGCGUGUGAUCACGUGAGUGGAGACUGCAGUUGCACUGCAGGUUGGACUGGCAUCACAUGCUCAGAACCUUGCAAAACAGGAUUUUAUGGCAGCAAUUGUGAACAGCAUUGCAACUGUCAAUUCAAUAAUUGCAAUCGUUACACUGGUAGUUGUGUGUGUCCGAAUGGAUGGACUGGAACUCAGUGUUAUAAGAAGUGUGAUCCAGGAUUUUAUGGUCAUAACUGUGAGUUGAAAUGUGGCUGCAAACGAGGAGCUUGUGAUCGUUUCAAUGGAACUUGUAACUGUCCAGCUGGAUGGUCAGGAGACAGUUGCAAUCGGGAAUGUGCAUCUGGAUUUUAUGGUCCUAACUGCAGACAUAAAUGUGUUUGUAAACGUGGUACUUGUGAUCGCUUCAGUGGAACAUGUAGCUGUCCAGCAGGAUGGAGAGGUGGUGAUUGCAGUCAAAGUUGUCCAGAUGGAAGAUUUGGUAUAGACUGUCAAGGUUCAUGUCAAUGCCAGUUUAGCUGUAAUCCAGUGACAGGCCACUGCUAUUGCCCUGCAGGAUGGACAGGUAAAACAUGUCACACUAAAUGCUCAUCUGACACAUGGGGAUAUAACUGCAGUCAACCAUGCCAAUGUCAGAAUGGUGCAUCUUGUAAUCACGUGAACGGCAACUGCAACUGCACUUCUGGGUGGAAGGGAAACACUUGCUCAGAAUCGUGCAUUAGUGGCUUUUAUGGCAAGGAUUGCAAACAGCAAUGUGACUGUGAAUUUAAUGACUGUAACCCCAGGAAUGGAAGUUGUCAGUGUCCAAAGGGUUGGACUGGGCUUCGUUGUGAUCAGAGGUGCAAGUCUGGAUUUUAUGGUCGUAAUUGUGAGCAUCAGUGUCACUGUCAACGUGGAGUUUGCGAUCGCUUUAAUGGCACAUGUGAUUGUCCUGUUGGAUGGACUGGAAGUGAUUGCAGCCAAAAAUGUCCAUUUGGAUUUUAUGGUUCUAACUGCAGACACAAAUGUGUUUGCAAACGUGGUACGUGUGAUCGCUUCAGUGGAACAUGUAGCUGUCCAGCAGGAUGGAGAGGCGGUGAUUGCAGUCAAAAUUGUCCAGAUGGGAGUUUUGGUAUAGACUGUCAAGGUUCAUGUCAAUGCCAGUUUAGCUGUAAUCCAGUGACAGGUCACUGCUACUGCCAUGCGGGAUGGACAGGUGAAACUUGUCACACUAAAUGCUCAUCUGACACAUGGGGAUAUAACUGCAGUCAACCAUGCCAAUGUCAGAAUGAUGCUUCAUGUAAUCACGUGAACGGCAACUGCAACUGUACUUCUGGGUGGAUGGGCAGCUCUUGCUCAGAAUCGUGUGGCAGUGGCUUUUAUGGCAAAGAUUGCAAACAACAAUGUAACUGUGAAUUUAAUGACUGUAACCCCAGGAAUGGAAGUUGUCAAUGUCCAAAGGGUUGGACUGGACUUCGAUGUGAUCAGAGUUGUAAGUCUGGAUUUUAUGGCCGUGAUUGUGAAAAUCGGUGUCACUGUCAACGUGGAGUUUGUGAUCGCUUUAAUGGCACAUGUGAUUGCCCUGCUGGAUGGACUGGAAGUGAUUGCAGCCAAAAUUGUCCUAAAGGUAGUUUUGGUAAACGUUGUCAGAAUUCAUGCAAUUGCAAGUUUCACUGCCAUCCUGUGACUGGAUCUUGCAUUUGCCCUGUUGGAUGGACAGGAUUAACAUGUCAUGAUAAAUGCUUAAAUGGUACGUGGGGAGAAGGUUGUCUUUAUAUAUGUCUAUGUCAAAAUGGUGCAGAGUGUGAUCAUAUGACUGGCAACUGCAGUUGUACUUCUGGCUGGACUGGCAACAUGUGCUCAGAACCAUGUUCUGCUGGCUUCUACGGCGAAGACUGCCAACACAAUUGCAGCUGCAAAUUCGAUGACUGCAAUAGAUUUAAUGGUACUUGUGUUUGUCCAAGUGGAUGGACUGGACUUCGUUGUGAUGAAAUUUGUACAUCCAGAUUUUAUGGUCCCAAUUGUCAACUCCAAUGUCAUUGUCAACAAGGAACUUGUGAUCGUUUUGAUGGAAGGUGCACAUGUCUUUCAGGAUGGACAGGAGAUAACUGCAGUCAAGCUUGCAAACCUGGAUUUUUUGGACGGAAUUGUCAGGAGAAGUGCAGCUGCAAACGAGGAAGUUGUGAUCGAUUCAGUGGAACUUGUGUCUGUCCUGCAGGAUGGAGAGGAACCGAUUGUAAUCAAAUGUGCUCUAACAAUACAUUCGGAGUCGGGUGUCAACCAUGCAAUUGUGAAAUUGGUGAAUGCAAUUGGAAAACGGGCUGUGUGUGCCCAAGGGGACGUAUUGGAACAAAAUGCGAACAAGGGUGUGACUCUGGUUACUAUGGAGAUGGAUGUACCAUGAAAUGUGCAGAAGAGUGUAUCGAUGGACAGUGCAGUCCAGACACUGGACUCUGUGACUGCAAUAAUGAUUUAGUGUGGAAUAACGGCAACUGUGAAAUUGCCCCAGUUGUCAUAAGCAGUACAAACACUCAGACAGGAGAUGUUAAGAAAGUUGAUAUGUGGAUUUGGGCAGCAGUCGGUGGUGGAGUUUUGUUGCUCCUUGUAAUACUGAUUACUAUCGUUGUCGUGUGUCGAAAGAGAAGAAAAAAUGCUGUUCCGGUUGCAACUGAGACUACUGUACGUUAUCAAAACGAUUCAGGACGACCAAGGUUACCAGUUGCGUCUUUUCAAAUCAAUUCGGCAGCUGAUGCUGCAUGCCAAGGCAAUGCUGCAGCCUGUGGUGGCGGCAAGAUUUUAGAUGAUUGCAGACCAUUUUCAUCGAAGCUCCCAUCCAAUGAAAAUGCUUAUGAUACAUUAAUGGGCCUUCCAAAGAACAAUGCUGAACAUAUGAACUUUGCCCAUGUUGAGGAUUUUGUUGUAAGUCUUCCUACCAGAAGACUAGUUGGUGAAAACCCUACAGAAAAUCAUUCGGAAUAUGAUGUACCCAGGGCAGCUAAAGUCAUGAAUUUUAGUAAUCCGGUUUACAAUCUGGGUGAAGCUGCUACAGAGGAGACUGUAUAUGAGGACCCUUUUGAGCUGGAUGUUGAAUGACCUACUAAUGGCAUGUCAAUGACAAGUAUUGUACCACGUGUUGAGACUCUUACGUAGUACAGUCUUGGUCUACUCUGUAGUUAUGUUCUUGGUUAAUUUCAAUGCGUCGUGUAAAAUGUAGCAAAAUAGUGGUUGUUUAUAAUGAUUGAAUGUGAUACAGGCAAAUUUUACUGUGGCUUGCAAUAGGAAUUUCUUGAUCUUUCUGACCACUGUAUUUAAUUGUAGUCAAGUAAAGUGGUAAU